AUGGCCCUGGCUCAGGAGCUGUAUGGCACCCCUGCCUCCAAGCUGGACUCCUUCGUGGCUCAGUGGCUGCUGCCCAGCCGAGAGUGGAAGGAAAAGGUGAUAAAGGUUGUGCGAACCCUUGAGCAGUUCCUGAGGCAGGAGCCCUUCCCAGGCGAGCAUCCCCUGGACCAGGAGGUGCAGGUGCUGAAGGUGGUCAAGGUGGGCUCCUUUGGGAACGGCACUGUGCUCAGGAGUGCUGCGGAGGUGGAGUUGGUGUUGUUCCUGAGCUGUUUCCACAGCUUCCAGGAGGAGGCCAUGUACCACCACGCUGUUCUUCGCCUGAUACGGAAAAAAGUGUGGCAUUGCCGGGACCUGCUGGCCUUCAAGCUGAAGGACCUGUGGGUGGCCCAUGGAGUCCCCAACACUCUCGUCCUCACCAUCCAGACCAGGGAGAUUGCAGAGCUCAUCACCAUCACCAUCGUGCCUGCCUACAGGGCCCUGGGACCUUUGGCUCCCAACUUUCAGCCACCUCCUGAAGUCUAUGUGAGUCUGAUUAAGGCUCUCAUUUACCCUGGAAAUUUCUCUCCAUCCUUCAGUGAGCUACAGAGAAACUUCGUGAAACAUCGGCCGACUAAGCUGAAAAGCCUCCUGAAGCUGGUUAAACACUGGUACCUGGAGUACGUGGAAGCCAAGUGCCCCAGGGCCAACUUGCCGCCUCUGUAUGCCCUCGAACUACUGACCAUCUAUGCAUGGGAAAUGGGUACUCAGGAGAAUGAGAAUUUUCGGUUGGCUGAGGGCCUUACCACGGUGAUGAAACUGCUCCAGGCAUAUGAGUUUGUCUGCAUCUACUGGACCAAGUACUACACAUUCCAGAACCCAAUCAUCGAGAAGUUUAUCAGAAAACAGCUCAAGAAGGAGAGGCCCAUCAUCCUGGAUCCAGCUGACCCUACCCAUAACGUGGCAGAAGGAUACAGAUGGGACAUAGUCGCUCAGAGGGCGUGCCAGUGCCUGAAACAGGACUGUUGCUAUGACAGCCAGGAGAACCCUGUCCCCAGCUGGAAUGUGAAGAGGGCACGAGACAUCCAGGUGACAGUGGAGCAGUAUGGCUACUUAGACUUGAUCCUCUGGGUAGACCCUUAUGAGCCCAUAAGGAAGAUGAAAGAGAAGAUCUGGCAGAGCCGGGGCCACUCAGGCCUGCAGCGUCUGUCCUUCCAGGACCCUGACAGUGAACGGCAGCUCCUCAGCAGCCACUGCUCCCUGGCCUAUUAUGGGGUCUUCUCCCACAUCCACAUCUGUCUGCUGGAAACCUUUUCCCCUGAGAUUCAGGUCUUUGUGAAGAAUCCAGAUGGUGGGAGCCAUGCCUAUGCCAUCAACCCCAAAGACUUCAUCCUGAGCCUGAAAGAACAGAUUGAGGACAAGCUGGGCAUGCUCAGAAAGCAGCAGCAGCUCACGUUCCAAGGCCAAGUCCUGCAUGAUCAGGUGGAUUUUGCGUGCUAUGGCAUCCAAGACAGUGACACCCUCAUCCUCUCCAGGAAAAGAGCCUGA